UGGGAAACAAUCCUAGGGACAGUGGCGGAGGGAGUUUCGAACCAUGAUGCUAUCACCGUUAUUUGAACAUUCGGAACCGAUUUUCAUGAACAAUAUGUGACUGCAACACUGAGUCGUGAAACUGCCCUAUUAUCUCCACGACUGUUUCCUCGAUGCAUAAUUGGAAAGAAGACUUUUCACAUCACACUGAACAUGGAACUACCGCUGGAAGUUGUUCUGUCAUCCAGUAUCAAAAGAAAGAAACCAUGGCCACGGUUCUGUUGGCUUGGACAGGAGAAGGAGUCUGUGUUUCUCUUAGAUGACAAACGCAUCAGCGAGAUCAAUAUGGUAUCUGGCCAAACCAAGAAGAAGACACCAAAACUUCAUCCAAUGCUUAACAGGGUCGUAACAAUGGCUGCAUCCAACAAUGGUGUGUGGCUUUGUGGACUUUUAAGCUCGGGCGAGUUGUUUUUAUGGAACAGAGACAAGGACCUGCUAAAAACAGCAGCAGCUGCCUUGCAAGUAUUUCACCUCGUGGAUGCCAUUAAAGGGUGUCAAGGGCGACUAUGUCUUCAGGUGUCUGGAGAUGGAAUGCAUGUGAUCUUGGUGGCCAUAACAGGUGAAGUUUUCCUGUGGGAGUGCAAUGACGACAUGGAUUUAUCCAUGCCACGUGACAGUCCCAUAAAGGGGCAGUGGGCUCAAAUAGUCCCCCAGCAGGAAACCCUUCUGCCUUGUCCUCAGAAUAAAGAGGCAUCCAAUCACACCAUUUUUGUGAAGACAGAGACACUUGGAUUUGUCUGCCUAUCAGCAUUUGUAUUCACAUCAGGCAAGCAACUCAUUAUCACAUUCCUCACAAUCCAGUGGGAAGAAAGCCAUUUUAAUGUGAGUUGCCGGUACAGUGUACGAUGGGCCACCAAGACUUAUUUUAUGCCACAUCUGACUCCACCUUGCCAACCGGUGAAGUCAAGAGGAGCAUUGGUGCCUGCUUUCUCUCCUGACGGCCGUCUUUUAGCAAUUGUUCUCAACCAGAGACAGCCUAUGGCUACGAUGGUUCUCUUUGUGAGCACGCAGAAUUUUGUCUCCACCUCGAGCAGUUUGGGAGGAUGUGGAAGUAAAACAAAUGCUAUUCCCUCAAAGUAUGUAAGGUCAUACUGGGUGGGUGGUAUGAGCUGGUCUCCUGAUGGCCUUUUCCUGGCAUGUGUCCUGAAGAGAGGUUCUCUUCUAAUAUUGGCUCGUCUUGGGGGACUUCUCACACUGACUAGCUGUGGUUGCAGUAUUGACUUUGGACCAGCACAGUUCUUGCCACUACACCCACUGGUCACUUACAGGCCACCAGCUACUGCAGGGAAGCUAGAUAAUUCGCUUUCCAGCUCAAGCCUAUCAGCCUGUGAUAUCAUGAGGCAGAGAUAUUCAGUGACCUGGCAUCCAAGGCUUUUGUAUUUCAUUGUUUCUGAUGGCUACAUGGCGACAGUGCUGCGAGUACGAGGGGAAACAUCUCCUGCCCUGUUGCUGACAACGCUUCUUAAGGAUAUCAGCAAUGAUCUUGAGAAAUGCGGUCAAAUUCUCGAUCAAUCCCAGAUUUCUAUGUGGAAAGGCUUAGUAUCUUUCUUGCACAUGGAGACCACAGUUAAGGAGUUCAGACAGCCAGUGUCAUGUGUGGCAAACACAGCAGGAUCCUUCUUUUCAUCAACCACAGAUGGAUCCACACUUCCUGUUUUUCUACAAGACCAGGGGACAUUUGGUGGUACUAAGGAGCUUUUAGAAAAAGUUCAGUCAUUCUUCGAGGAGGAUUCUGAUGUUGACGGACCUGCCGGCUCUCACAUGCAGGAAGGUGGACGUCUGGAGUUUGCGUCAAUGUUUGACACUCUUCACGCACUGGACACACACACCAACAUCAGCGAUGAUGAAAGUGGCUUGAGUAAAACUGAGAAGGAGAUUUACCAUCUUCAUCAGGAGCUUGGGAAGAUCCAGAGGAGGUUGAUAACAGCAUGGUCUUUCAGCUUGUCUUUGUCCAUGGAGAACAGAGGACAUCUACUGAGGUCCAUUGUCCACUGUGUAUUGCGUUUCUCAGCUUUAGUCGUUUUGCUCCCUGACUGUCGGGUUGGCAAAAUCAGCCCCUCAACAUCCAGAUGGCUCCUGGACCUUGUUAAAUCACUCAUCUCCUUUCUUCCGUGGGACAGCUAUUGUUCAGAUGGGCCACGCUGCCUGGGGCUUGUGGUUGAACUCUGUAGAGGGCUGGUUCACCUGGUGCUAAGCCGUCAACCUGACAAAACUGGUCACUGUCAGAUAUCAUCUAAUAGUUUAUCCACCUCCAUUCUUAUGGUGAAGUCUGUGUCUGAUUCCCUUGAUCUCACGUACAGCUUACAACAAAGACCUGUCUGGACUCCAGUAGAGGAAACUUCUUCCUCUCAACCGCAAUGCUGGUCUUCAGAUAUUCACUAUAUGCCCCUAUUGCAGAGAGAAGAUAUCUCUGAGUCUUGGUUUCAGGAUUCACUUCCUCCAUCACAACCAUCCAGCAGGCUGGUUGGAGUUUGGUUGUGGUUGUAUGAGAUCAGCAAGAAAUACAGAAAUGAACUGCACACAUUCAAAGGCUGCAGUGGCUGGGAGGAAGAAGAGCUGAAGCUGUCUGAGAUUAUGUCUGAGAUCCAAACAGCUCUACAGGCUGCAGGACAGACGCGGCUUGAUGUUCCUGCACUGCUGAGUCACCAAGCUGAAGAACUUUACCUGUGCGGCUUGUACUCAUCUAGUUCUCAGCUGUGGAGGACACAGCUUUGGGAACAGAGCCAAAAUGUUUCUUUGCGUAGUCCGUCACAACAAAUGCGCUUUUGCCUGGCACUCCUGUACAGUUUGUUGUCCAACUACCAACUCAAAGAAGCUCAGGAAUUUGGGGAGAACAUGGCUCACACAGUACUGCACAAGACUGGACAUCAUAAGGAUGACAAUACGGCUUGCCCUUUAGCUGCAAACCUUCCCUCAAUGGACAUUCACUGUGAUGCUGCUGUAGCUGUGGUUCAGUCUCUGGGAAGAUUCAUGGCUUCCUAUUUCACCAACCAGCCACUCUAUAUACUGCCGCCACAUAACGUGGCAGUGCUGCCCCCAAUACAUCAGCCUCAUGGUCCUAGUGUUGGGCGCUUGGUUGUGCUAUGUCAGGAAAAGGUGGCAGGAGCAGUGCGACAACAGCACUUGUCUGAAUGGUGGUCAGUGGACCUCACCAUGGAUCUGCUCCUGCUCGGCAGUCUGUUGCCUGAAGCUGUCUGGUUUGCUUCUCAUUUGGGGGCUUGGAAGAUGGCGGCCUCUCUCAGUGUCGCCUAUUCAAGCUUCUGCAGACACCGUAUGGAUUUCACCAGAGUUAAGAAGAAAGAGCUUCACCUCCCAACAGUUUUAGAACCUGAGAGUAUAUUCCAGGCUGAGCUUGAGUCUCUUCUUGGCAGCAAAACCGGAAUUUCCUUUGAUUCCCAACAAGCUGACAGCGAAGAUAUCUUAACAGACCCUUUCGAGGGAGAUGAUUGGGACUUAUUACAAGCAACCCUUCAAGAGAUCCUCACUGCAUCAGUCAUGGCUGGAGUGAAUGUUUUUACUUCCCACUUGUCCUCCUUGUUGGACACAGCCAGACAACUGUGCUCCUGCCUUCCAUUAUUAGUCGUCAGUGGACUGUAUCUACCUUCACCACCACUGUAUUGCCCACAACCUUCACCAAAUACACAGGACCAAACUGGAACAAGUGGGCAAAUUGCAGAAGUGGCAGUCCGUCAGAAAGUUUCAGCAGUACUCCAAAGAGUACUGCUCCUUUUCAGAUCUGCACGUUGUUGCCACCCUGCAGCUCAGUGGUACAUCAGCAGCCUGCGUCGUGCCCGACAUGUUCUUUUCAAGAUCAAGAAAAAAUAUUCCGAUCCAUCAGCCCAUGACGAAGAAAAGGCUUUUCCGGAAGGCUUGAUGAAGUUUGUGACACGUGGUGGCUUCUUUGGUCGAAGGAUGAAAAAAGACAGCAGCAUGAAGCCUGACGCAAUUCAAACCAUCACCUGUUUUAGGGAGCUCUGUGGUUUAUGCUGGAUGCUUCAUGUCAGGGAUCAGCUCUCACUUUCCUGUAGGAAGUAUCAGGCUGCUAAGAAGCAGUGCCAAGAUGAUCAGGUUGAUGUGAACGCCGCCUGUGUGGAAGCUCUUCUAUGGGCUCGUCGUUACCUGCCUUUCUCACACUUUCUCAAUGCCGAAGAAAUCCUGCAGGACGUCCUGCUCAGUCUGGCGUCCGAACUUCCUCCUGAGACAGUAGUGGCAGAAACACUGGUCCAUGCAUUUCCAGAGGAAGAGGAGUCUGUCAGGGUUCCACUGAGGGAAAAGUAUAAUUCACUCCUCCGGAGGAUAAAUCCAUGCAAUGUUUGUGAUGGUGAAAAUGAAGAAGGAGGGGAGGUGAUGAUGAUUCUAAUCCCAGACAAGCGCAGGCAGAGAAAGAAACACCUCAAACGUUUGAAGCGACACUUGGCUCAGACUGAGCUGCACCUGUGGGACAAAGUAGAGGAAGAAGAGGACAGAGGAAGCAAACAUGGCUUGGCUGUGCUCAAGCAACUUUCAAUGGGCACGACACUGAGUACCAGCACUUUGACGGAGUGUGACCCCCGUGGGCUUGGCAACGAUGGCAGUACACUGCAAAGCACACUGACUGAUAUGUCUGAUGCGUCCAAAACAAGGGGUAAAAAAGGAAAAGCCUUCGACAAGGAGAAUGAAAAGAGGAAUGAAGUGAAAGUACGGAACAAAGGAAAGUCGAAUGACAAGAAGCAACAAAGUGAGCUGCCAGUGGUGGGAACAUGGGAGUUUGAGCUGGAGGAUGAAGAGUAUCUGAAUUUCCUGGAGCUAUUCUUAAGUUAUGUUCUAGAGAAAGAAGGUACUGACGGAGCGACUCCCAGUGAACCUCCAUUGUUAAAAGCCUUCUGUUCUGAGUUGAGAAAACGAGAGCUGCUCUCUUCCACUUUUGAUGUCCUCACCAACAUCCACCGACAUGAAAGAAUCAAAAGACGAUCUGGAAGAAAAUGUUCUCCCACUGACCCUCUGAUAUUCAGAGCUGGGUCAUGCCUGAUCACCUCAAAUCUUGGCACGACUUUUGAGGCACAAUGUCCUGAACCAUCCGUCUCCAGAACCAGUAGCAGUACUAUUUCUGCUCUUCCCGGUCUUAGACCAGGCAGGCAGCUGGGUUUAUUUGGGCUCCAACAUCAGAGGAGAGCUCUGUCAGAGCAAAACCUUCAACUUGGUCAUUCCAGCCAAAGUUUUCCUACUAAAGCAGCAUCGUCAUCCUGCUUUGGCUCUUCUACUGUUGUUGAGGCUGGGACUGAUCUGCAGCAAGUCCUGGAUCCUGAGUUAGAGGCCCAGUUUCCGGAGCUUGGGAGACUCUUGGAGUGGAUGUUGCGUUGGGCUGAUCGGCGAAUUCUAAGUGGCCUGCACAGCAAAAAGAAGCGAAGGGGAGAAGGUUUUGAAGCGGCGACUGAUGAGGGAGUGGUUAUUCGUGUCAAAGCUUUUGCUCCAGCCGUUCUCACUUCCCUUAAGCUGCUGGAGCGACAGUAUGCUACACUUUUAGGGACAGAUACUUCCAAAACGCACAUCCAAGUCCCACAAAUGCAAUGGAUUGUUGCCCCAGCAGCGCCUUCUGAGGUAGAUCAGAAGGCAGAGAGAGAAAGCAGCGUUGACACUGGCUAUCCUGGAUCAACUCACACGCCAAUCACUGGUCUGGAUGCUAAUUUACAGCAAGAAGAUUCUAAUUGUCCUGAUGAAGCAGAGGAACAAAUAUUUUCCUCUUCAGCACUUUCUAACAACCGAGACCCAGUCUGUUUUGGUGCCCAGAGGAGAUCAUCAUUAGCACAUUUAGAGGAUGCAUCUGAAGAAGAUGAUCAAAAUCCAAGUGAGUGCUCAGAGGUGGCAUCCUGUGCUGUCAAUGAAAGCCUACCAGAAGACGUGGGCACACCUGAUGUGAGUUUAAAGAUUGCAGAUCUUGAGGCAUCAGUGCAAGAUAUGACCAGCUCUGCUUCUCUGCUGGCUGGAAUGGUAUCAGCUUCCUCCCACCAGGAGCCACAGGAUCUUUCCACUGAGCAGUAUGACAAAGUUCAUUUGUCAGUUUCAAAGUCAGCCCAAGUGCUACCUCCUCAGACAUCACAUACUCAUGAAAGACCCCCAUUACUUCGGGUGGGCAGUUCCUCGGCUGGUGGCCCGAGUGUUUCCUCUGCCCUCAAUGAACCAAACAGACGCCUGGGUGACGAUUUGUUUCGUUUGGUGCAGAAUAUUAACUACAUGAACCUGAUGGAGGUUUUAGGAGCUUCAUUUUCUAGCCUUCAACUUGCUCAGCAGAGCACUGCCAUGACCCAAUCAAACACUAACCCAGUCCCAUGUGUGCCAUCAUAUCAAGCUUCAAAUUUCACGGCUGAACAAACUGGGUUACCACUAGCAACUGCAGUUUCUCAGUCGCCUCACAUGGAUCACCCGGUGCAAACACAUAUGAACGGACGCCAGGAUCCUACUCAGAUCACUGCACCACUUUCAUCUGCUGAAAAUCCAUGCCUCAACAUCAGUGGUUCAGUCAAUACUCAGGUUACUUACCAGCGAUUGCAACCACUAUCAGUUCAAGCUGAGUCACCAAGUUCCUUUUUCAAGCAAGGCACAAACCUGAUCCCGUCAUGCCAGGGACUUUUGACCACAGCUAACAACAAGCAUGCUGCACCCCCCACUGCUGCAACAGGAGAGGAACGAUCGUCUCAGAUAUUAGGUCUAAAGUUGCUCCAGCUCCAUGAUGUCGUUCCGCAGGUCCCCCCCACAAGCCGGCCUCAGAUUCCUAUGAAUGUACACCCUCCAACCAUUCCAUCUAAAUCUAAUCUGCCUGUGUCCUCACUGCAACAAGAAUGGAAAAGAAGCAGGUGUCCUGAUCCCAAACGUGGUUUUGACAAUUACCUUCCACCUGACUUGCCAAUGAGAGAUUCCUAUCCCCUAUUCCAUUCCGAAGGGGGAUAUAAGUUACCUCUACUUCCUGCAUCACAAGGCCUACGCUUGUUGCAACUUCAGCCAACACCACAAACAACUGUUAACCUGCCCAAAAUCUCUGCACCCACUCCAUCAAGACCAGUGACUCUUAUGUCCGUACCAAUUGGACAUACACAGAGCAUCAAGCUCCUGCGUUUGGACCCUGAUCAAAAAAUGGUGAUUCCCACUGCAGCAGCUGCUCAAGUGACCCAUCUAAUUCCUGUGGAGAAUAUAAUGGGUUCAAAAGUUGGGAAGACGAGUGCAGAAGAGAGUGAACUACAAUCGCUUGGAGAAGUUCCAUUGCCUGACUCAAGCAAAAGCAGGCGAAAGAGGAGACAAAGAGCUACGCAGGAGGGCAAAAUGGCUGUCACUUUUCAACCAAAAGAGUUGAUCGAUCCUGUGGAAGAGCUGAAAGAUAGAGCUAUUCCUGAACCUGCCGUGGCGAAAGAAACCAGUCCAGAAGCAGAUACUGCUUUUCAGUAUGUGUCUUUUGACCCCUCCCUGACUGGUCAGCGAUUGUUGGAUGCUGCAGCUUCCACUGCAGCUGAACUUCAUGCUUUUGCAUCCACGUAUAAGAAUCCCCCAGAAUGCCACGAUGCCUUUACCAAUACGGAUCAGGUUAAUCAACCCAGAUUUGUUGAUAAAGCGGUGUUGGCCCAAACAAGCUCUCAAUUGCAACUUGCAGAGAAUUCACGAGCAGUUUUGGAAUCAUUAAUAGAGAUCCCUCAGAAAAUGGAGGAGAAUGAAUCACAUCAACGGCAGUUUUUAAGUGUCUCAGAUCUCGAAGGCCAAAUGGGGUUGACUGGUCUUGAGACAAAUGACCCUCCGGCGACCUCUUCACCGUCUCCUGCCGAGCUUCAUGCUGUUGCAUCCUCUGUUAUUCAGAAUGGUCGUCCUCUUUCUCAUCCUCAAUCUUCCAGCACAAUUUUAGAAGACAUCCAGGAUAGUGGAACUUCAGAAAUUCAAGAGGAAGCACUUCCUGUCAGCUUUUCCGAGCCUGUUAAAGACGAGGUUACGACCGGAUCAAACACCGUUGAGCCACCUGAAUCCGUCGUCUGUCGAGCCAUAAAGACCCCCGGCACAAUAAGUCACACUACUUCAUCCACAACACCUACAGUCUGGUUCUCGUCUCGUCUGUCUCAGCUGGAUUCACAGUUGGCCGCUCUGCAGAACAUUGCAGACUCACUGGAGAAGGACUUUGACAACUCCAAACUGCUGGUGAACUCCAUCCAUCCAUUCUCCCAAGUCUCAGCUCCUGAUGUGGAGUCUGUCAAGCCAGUCAAGAAAACGGUUAGACUGUCACUCCCACAGGAAGCAUGGGGGCCUUUGCCCUAUACGGAACCAAACAUCUGUGAGGACCAUGAUGAGAGUCGAGAAGAAUGUGGUGAAAAUCACUCCUCUUGUCGUGAUUCAAACUUUUCCUUUGGUCACAGUCUCUCUGCCGUCGACCUCCAGCCAUAUGUGACACAUUUUUCUCUGGAUCUGUCUGGAUUGUCAAACAUUGCUGAUGAGAAUCUGGGUCAGUCCGGCCUAUCUGACACAGCUGAAAUCUUAGAGGGCCUGGUGAAGGAAGGCUAUCUGUCUCUGAGUGAUCUAGAUUUGUCCACUUCAUACACAGCAAUGCACCAAAGCAGCACAGUGGAGACACACCUGAGCAAUUAUACGUCAGCUGCUUGGCCAGAUGAGGAGAGGAGAGAGCUGAGGAGUUGGAUGAGGAAGAAGCGACGGGAAAGAAUGUCGGCUUUCCUCAAACACAGACAGAGUCUCAGAGAGCGAGAGUCAAGACCUUUUACUCCAUCUGGAACCAAGAAAUCAUCUAAUGUGGACAAAGCUAAUAUUUGGAGAAAGAGAGAGGAGAAAGAGAAGAUUUCGCUAUGCACGCACUAUGACCAGCGGGUCAAUGAGGCGUUUUCCCUGCUGGGCCAGUUUGCCCAAAAUGCUUCCAACAUGCCUGAGGCGACUCCAGUGGGAAACGUCUCCCUCUCCUCAACUGAUCCGACCCGUGGUGCAGAACGGACUCACUUUGAAUCAACCAAAGAGAGAGUAGGUGUUAGGAGCCAAUCAGGACAAAUGCGGCCGCAUGUACGCCUGUGGACUGCUGGAGCGCCAAGGCAACCUCCCACUGACUAUCGCAAGAGACUGGGAAUCGACAGACCUGUUACUUCACUGCCCAAGGACCGCAUGUGUCAGAUUACCAAACGUGGAAUGCUUCCUGAUAGUAAGAGCCACUCUAAACUGCCUACUGGUGACCAACAUCUGAGGAGACCCCUCGGGGACGAAGGAAAAAGUGGUUUCAAAAUGAUGAGGAGGCUGGAUGGAAUAGCAGAGAAGGAGAAAGAUGUGGUUAGUUCGGAUCCAAAGCACGAACUAUCUAACAGGGUAUUAUCCAGCACGUGGGUCAAAGGUCAAGCAGGUGAUCAAGCUGGUGCUUCAAACAUGGACUGGCUGGACAACCUUUCUGAUGGAGGCAGCAGUGUCCUGAGCAAGAUCGACUGGGAUGCUAUUGAGAAGCUGGCAGCUGAUGAGGAUUCUUGAGCGGGGCUCGGUCGACCCUGGAGUGACCCUAUUUAGACGUGUCUUCUUGUGUUUAAUUCAUCCAAGAAAAGAGGAAUAAUGAAUGCGACAUUAUAUGAUUUUUUUCCCCUCAGUCUUGAACACUAACUAUGAGCAUGGUUAUUUGGAAUCUACAUUUUCCUCAGAGGAACGACAUACAGCAGGAUAAGUGUGCGGAGCUGUAUUGGUGAGAUAAUAAGUGACCAAUGUACUACAGUAAUUCCUGAAGUCCACCCAUCAGUUAUUGUGGUCUUCAUCUAGCAGAAUUUCAGUCAUUGUCUCAGUCUGUAUUUAUGUCAGGGAACCUUUGACCCCUCAACUGCAUUUUGUCUAAUGGGGUUUCUGAAGUGUGUCACUUGUCAUGCAAAAGUCACCUUUUAUUCUUCAUUUUUGAAUUUUAAUUUUUAGGAUUCUGCAGUUAUUUUAUUUUUUUCUAGGCUUAAAAUUGCAUUUUUUUUAAAUUAUUUUUUAUUGGGAAUUUAUUUUUCAUGGUACGUAAUUUCAAUAGAUCAGCUUUGUUUAGAUAGUUAGCCAAUAUUUAAUUGCACAUAUUGUUAAAAUCAUUGGUCUGCUUUGUUUUGGUAGUUAGCCGGUCUUUUUUUGUAAAUCCCUUUCACCUAAAUAUUUGUGAUCAAUGACAUCAAACUAUGUUUUCAAAAUGUAACUUCUGAAUAUAUGUAUAGAUAUUUCUCUUUAUGAAACACUGUGUUAUUGUUAAUACCAAUGCGUUGUCUUUUUACCUUUGUAUGGAUGUUGCACAAUAAAGCUGCGCUCUGCAUAUUAUUUCCAUUAAAAAUUGUUUUUCUUUUUUCUUUUUCAAAACGAACAAUAUUUGUUUUUCACCUCCCAUGAUCAUUUUUAAAGGAGUUG